AUGCUCGGAGUUUUUCAUCGUUGGCGGGGACGUUUGUGUUCGAAACACACAAACCGACGUAAGUUUUUUUCGACGUCGUCCCCCCGGGUGGCGGUAGCCCUGUCGGGGGGCGUUGACUCGUCCGUGGCGGCAUUGCUACUUAAGAAACAGGGAUACGACGUUUACGGAAUUUUUAUGAAGAACUGGAGCGAGGAAGAAGAAUCCAUUUGUACUGGCCAAGACGACUUGUCGCAAGUUGAUCAGCUGUGCCGGCAUCUGAAUAUUCCGUACCGUGUUGUCGAAUUUCAGAAAGAGUACUGGAACGAAGUGUUUCAGCCGUUUUUAAGUGGUUACGAACGCGGAAUGACCCCUAAUCCGGACGUUGUUUGCAACCGCGAAAUCAAAUUUCGCGCUUUGACCAACAACGUAUUUUCAAGGGAUCCGAGCGUUGACUAUUUGGCUACGGGUCACUACGCACAGUUGGUUCCAGAUCUCGAGGAUCCGCGUGAACUUGAGCUGCGCUGCGCCGUGGAUAGAAAGAAGGACCAAACCUACUUUUUGGUCCAAGUGGACCCUCAGAUGCUUUUCCGGAUCAAGUUUCCAAUCGGGCACUUGACAAAGGACCGCGUCAGACAAAUCGCCAGCGAAAACGGGCUACCCACUGCAAAAAGAAGAGAAAGUAUGGGUUUAUGUUUUAUUGGAAAGCGAAAAUUCGACCAAUUUUUGGCAGAAUAUCUGUUUCAACCAGAGACAGAAGUUGUCUCCUCCGAGACCGGGAAACUGGUCGCACGUAAGCGAGGCGCCAUCUAUUUGACAAUAGGGCAAAAGGUGUGCAUAGGGGGAUUGGCGGCUAAGCUGUACGUGGUCGAUAAAGAUGCACGAAACAACAAAAUUUACGUCUGUGAAGGGAGGCGACAUCCUCUGCUGUACAGAAGAAUGCUUGUCGCAUACCAGAUGAAUUGGUUCACCGAAAGGACAGUGGAAAAAAUGAGGAAUGGUAGUGAAGAGAUUAGAUGUUGGGCAAAAAUCAGACAUGGGAAGGAAAUGGUCGAGUGCAAAAUACGGAGCUUGAGAGUCGACAGAUGGAACACCUGUUUCAAUGACAACAACAGCGAGAGAUAUUCAGAUGGCUCCGUAGAAAAAUGGUUCCAAGAGUAUGAAAACGGAGAUAGUGGCAAACAAGGACGCGCCAUCGAGGUAGAGUUCAACGAUCCCCAACGUGCGAUUUCAAUUGGUCAAUUUUUGGGUCUAUAUUCUGAAAAUAGAUGCAUCGGAGGCGGUAUGAUCAUCAAAGUCGGAAAGAAUGAGUGGACAAGAGCAUGCUCUGAUAAAGGAGUCCCCAAUUAACAAUAGUCUAAGAAAAUAAAAGAAAAAGUUUU